AUCAAUGGAUUAAAAUUAAAUAGCUCCAGAUGCAUGUAUCAUUGAGAUGGACCCUGAAAUUUAUAUUCACAACAUUAAAGAAUUGAGAAUUUCUACAGGCGAUAAAGUCAAAAUUUGUGCUGUAAUGAAGGCAGAUGCUUAUGGACAUGGAAUUGAAGUUAUGAUGGAUUCUAUUGUAAAAUCGGGUGUUGAAUAUAUCAGUGCUAUUGACAAUUGUGAAUUUAGAAUCAUGUAAAAAUGGUUUAAAGAACACAAUGUUAAUCAUCUUAGAUUACUUAGGAUUGCACCAGCUACCAAAGAGGAAUUAAUUGAAUCUAUCAUUAAUAAUUGGGAUGUAGAGGAAGUUGUUGGAUCAUUAGAACAAGGCUAAUAUUUCUCAAAAAUUAUUACCGAGAUAUCGUAGAAACUUGGAAGAGAUAUUGUAGUCAAAAUACACAUUAAUGUUGAGACUGCUAUGGGUAGAAUGGGUUUUAGAAAAGUUAGUGAUGUCAAACUCACCUAACAAAUAACUAAUUUAAAAGUAGUGGGAAUUAUGACACAUCUAGCCAGAGAAUAUGAGGCUCCUCCAAAUGACGAAAUAGCCACUAGAGCUUAAGUAGAUUUAUUCUAAAACUUUGUAUCACAAUUAACCUUAGAAUCAACAGUCAUUAAACAUGUAGCUAAUUCGGCUGCCUUAGUCAAAAAGAAAUAUACAUAAUUUGAUAUGGUUAGAGCUGGCUCUAUUGCUUAUGGGGAAGAUAAAGAUUAAUACUAAGACCCUAGGGGUGUAAUUAAACCUAUUUUCCAUAAAUGGAGAACCAGUGUUGUCAUUAUUUUAAGAGAUGUUCCUCCUAAUAGUCCUAUUGGUUACAAUGGAAUCUAAAGAACCAGAUCAGAUAGAGACUCAACAACAGCAACAAUAAGAGUUGGUUAUGAUUAUGGAUUCCCAUAAUAUGGUUGUCUAAACAAUCAUUUUGUCUUAAUUAGAGGAAAAAGAUUCCCAAUUAUAGGGAAAACAUCGAUGAAUAUGCUAGUUGUUGAUAUCACAGAAUAAGAUCAAGAAAAUUAAGUUUAAUUAGGAGAUGAAGUUGUUAUUGUUGGAAAAUAAGGUAAAGAAUUUAUUAGUUGGGAAGAAUUUUCAGAAAAGUAGAAAAAAGGAAUUACUGAAUAAUAUUUAGAAAUUGCAAAUCAAUGCCCAAAAAUUAUUGUUAAAUCUGAAUGAG